UGUCUCGCCUGUGUUCAGCCUGUGUUCCCAUGGAUCCUCCCCUUCAGGUCAGACAGGGACAGGCCAAGUCCCGCACCGGAAGUUUUGACAGAAGUAUCUUCCUUUUUAACAGACGAGGUUGAGUGCUUCUCAGACUACAUGACCCUGUGGGUCCCCAGGAGCCACGUGGAGGGCUUGAGGCAGUGGCUGGGCAGAAUCCUGCACUUGCCAGGCACCUGGGGGGCCACCGACCCCCUGGAUUCAUUUCUUGCUAAAUGCGGCUACUUCCUGCAUCCGGCCCUGGAUGGCGCCUUCAUUUUUCGAGCUCAAUACUCAGCCUGCUUUGUGCAGAAGGAGAAAGCAAAUUACAGGCUGGAAAUCAGGAUAUUUCAGAAAGGGGUGACGAGACUGGACCGCAGUGAUCGCUACAUAAUGAAGUGUCCGGUGCUGAGGUCGAGGCUGGGCCAAGAGCAUGUCCACUGCGGACCCACAUUCAUCCAGGUCUCCCGGCCCCUGCCCCUGGGGAGCGACAGUGGACAGACUCCAUGGCUGCUGUCCCUUCGCGGGGAGCUGGUGGCUUCUCUGGAAGAUGCCAGUCUGAUAGGGUUGUAUGUGGACAUCAACAGCACCACUGUCACCGUCCAGAGCCCGAGACAAGAGCUUCUUCAGACGCAGGAGGUGCUGAACGCCUCGGUCGAGCUCCUGACCCUCUGGCUGGUGAGCGGCCCCUAUGCCUACUCCUUAGAAGCCGCCUGCCCACCAGUGUCAUCCCAGCCCGAGUCAGAGGUCUUUGUUCACGUCCCCAAACAGAGGCUGGGUCUGGUCAAAAGAGGUUCCCGAAUUGAGGACACCCUGAGCCUAAAAUUUCUCCGAGUCCACCAGUCCAACACCUUCACGGUGACUGAAAGCAGGGAUCUUGUGGUGGUCAGCAUCCCAGCGGCUGGGGUGCUCCAGGCCCAGCGAUGCCAGGAGGCCAGAGGAGCCCCAGGAACACAAGCUUUCUAUAGGGUAGACCUGAGCCUGGAAUUCACCGAGAUGGCUGCCCCAGUCCUCUGGACAGUGGAGAAUGUCUUCCAGUGUGUGGGUUCAGGAACAGAGUCAUCUGCCUCAACUGCCACCCCGAAGACCACUCCCUCCCACCCAUCCUCAGGAACAGAGACCCCUCCAGCAGGAACGCCAUCUGCUGCCUCACCCCAGUUCCAAGCUGUAGGACCAGCUGCCCAGGAAAGGCUUUCCUGGGGCCUCGUGCGCUGGCCUUCUGAUGAGCUGGCCAAGAAGGGGCUUGGACCAUCCCUGCCAACAGCCAAACCUGUAGGAAGAAGCUGGAUGUCUGCUGCCUCCUCUGUCCCCAGAGCAAUGCAGGACUGGCAUAGUCCCCAAGUUCCCCCAGGGAAAGUGGGGCUACCUGGACACCCCCUGCCUUCAGCCACGAUCUCCUCAGGGUCCACAGGAGGCAUCCACGCUGGCCCCAGGCCCCCACGACCAGUCUUCCCCGCGCCCCCUGCUCCGACCAUGCAUUUGUCCUCAGACGUGUCCUCUCCCCUGCUGCCUUCCUGGAGGUCUGUACAGUCCCAGGUGCUCCCAGUCUCAGGACCAUCUGUCACCCUAACUGAAGGUCUAGGCACUGGAAGGGCUGAGCAGGACCCCACCCAGCCACCAGGAAGUCCCCUCCUGCCGAGAGGGUGGUCAGGGGGUGACGGGGCGCCAGCUGAGCCCAUCGAGGGGGAAACUGAUGAAGUCCAUGAGAAGUUCCAACCGUGGACAAGGCCCUCGAGGCCCAGCCUGACUGAAGGGGCGUUGGUUUCCCAUCAUUCCCCAAUAGAACCUCAGGACACAUCCUCUACGAUGGAGGUGGAAGGAAUCCCCCGGAGUGAGCCUGGUCUCUCUGGCGAGGCCAGGAGGCACCUAGGCCUGUCAUCCUCAGAACCAAGUCAGGACACGAAGGGGCUGGGGCUCCCUGCCCUGCUGGGGAGGGAUGCCACAUCCACCAUCCCAAGGGUGAAACAGCCAGACCCCAGUGCCAGUGCAGGGACCUCAGGACCUAAGCCCCCCGAGCGGCCCGGGGUGGGGCUCGCAGUGCCCCUGGCAGCUCUUACUGUGGAGUCGCUGACAGCAGGAUCCAGUGGCCUGACAGGGAAUCCGAACCCUGAAUCCUCAACUGUGGGAGAGUCAAAUGGAGCCGAGACCUGGAGUUCCCUCAGCCAGUGGGUGGGCCAGGAAGAAGCAGGGGCACGCACACCCAGACCUCCAUCUGCACAAACGCCGAGCCUGUGGGCUCUGGCAGAAACUUUGUCGCCCAGCCAGGCCAAGGUUCGACAUCCUCUCCCUGCUGGCCAGGGAGCCUUGUCCAAGGAGGAACUGACAGAGCCCACGUUGGCCACAAGCUUUGAAAGCCACAGGCCACCUGAGCUUUCAGAACAUCAUAGAGGAGCCUUCUGA